UCUUUGAUUAUCAAGCGCGAUUGGAAAGUCGCCGAACAUUGGGGAAGAGUGGUUGGUAUAAAAUGGCAGAGUAGCGACAGCAAACUAUGGCUGCAUCGGCUCCAUCUUAAACCGAAGACCUCCUUGAGCAACCUCAAUCUCGGACUCACUCAAUCAAGUCUUGAUACCAGCAAAGAUAUCAAAAUGACCAUCGCAAUUGCCGGCUCCGGCGACCUCACCCGCUACCUCGUCGAAGAAUUCCUCGCGGCCAACGUCCCCGUCGCUCUCCUCGUCCGCACCACGAAGCCUCAUUUCACCAAUGUCCCCAAUCUCACCCAGCUGACUGUCGACUACACCUCGAUCAGCUCCCUAACCUCCGCACUGAACCAAGCCGGAGCAACAACGCUCAUCUCUACAAUCCUCUCCUACGACACCUCGGCGUUUGUGACCACGCAAAAGAACCUCAUUGCGGCCGCCCAGGCCUCGAAGACCGUAACCCGCUUCAUCCCCUCCGAGUACGGAGUCGACAUCGCCAAGUAUCCCGACCAACCAGGCUUCUACUGGGAAACGCGCGAGCCAAUUCGUGAAAUCCUCCGAGAUCAGUCCAAGCUCGAAUGGACGCUGGUCUGCUGCGGGUGGAUUAUGGAUUAUAUCCUCCCGCCCGCAAACCGGUACAUGAAGGAUAUCGGCGAUGCGUUUCCGAUCAACCUUGCCGAGAAGAGGAUGGUUAUCCCUGGGACGGGGAGUGAGAAGGUCGAUUGGAUUUCUGCGCGGGAUCUUGCGAGGGGCAUUGUUAGUCUUGUGAAGGUCCCGAAGGGGCAGUGGGGGAGGUAUAUCUAUCUCUCUGGGGAGCGGAUGAGCUCUGAUGAGCUUGCUGCUGCUGUCAAGGAGAAGUAUCCGGAUAUCGAGUUUGAGGCUGAGUAUCUGUCGCUGAGGGUGCUGGUCAAUGCUGUUCGGGAUGCAAAGGACGACUUUGAAAGGAUCGCCGCCGAGUAUAAGAUUGUGAUUCCGAGUGGUUCAGCGGGGUUUGAGGAGGGGGUUAUUGAGCGGGAUCGGGAGAGGUACUUCAAGGAUGUCAAAUUCCGCACAGUCAGGGAGGUGUUGGAUGCUGCUGAGCUGGGUGUUAUUGUCUGAUGGUGGACAGGGUCUGUCUGUCUGUUACUCUUUAGCAGAGUGAAAAUAAUGGUGAGAAAAAUAAAUACAAAAAAAGACUAGUCACGCCCGGGAUCGAACCGGGAACCGUUCCGGCAUCUACAGUUGUAGAAGUAAUCAUAUUAAUGAUCACGUGUUAACGGAAAAUCAUGACCAUUAGACCACGCG